AUGACUGUAAAUCUGGGAAGGCUGCAACUCUUCAGGGUCUUGAACUUUAUCAGGCCCCCGCCCCCCGCCCGAUUGGCGACUGGGUUCGGCUGGAUUCGAGUGGCGAAGAACGGUGUGGCGCGCGCGGCCCAAAUAAAUCAGCCCUGGGGACAGGCCGCGCCCGGGAGCCAGCCCCCCUCCAGGGAUGAGGAGGACCGCUCGGGGAGGCAGGCUCGCUCUGCAGGGGCCACUCCCUGGGUCUCAAUGAUCCCAGGAGACGAGACCCCCGACGGCCACCACGACCUGAGCCCCAGAGUCUCGAGAAGAGAUCGGGAGAGUUUAAGGACGGCGCUCGCGGCUCAGCCCACACCCGCAGGCUGCGCGGGGCUCAUUGUCUGCCGGGGCGGCGCGCUCCCCUCCCCCCGCCGCUCGGCGUCCCCUCCCCACCCUCUUUUCUCUCCUCCCCUCGCUCCCUCCUCCUCCUCUUCACCUCCAGCGCCCAGCUGCUCGCAGAGCGCAGUUCCGACCCACAGCCUGGCACCCUUCGGCGAGCGCUGUUUGUUUAGGGCUCGCACCGCGCAGACCCCGGACUCGCGCUCGCCUGCCGGCGCCCUCGGCCUCUCUCCGCGCUCGGGAGCACCCUCCACCACGGCUGUUCUCCAUGCGCAGCGCCCAUCCGAGGUUCGGCUGCUUCCUCUCUUGCCCUAA